AGCGCGUGCGCGCAGAGUUUCAAACCAGCGCAAGCUUCGGCGGGAGGAGCUCUUCUUGCGGCGCCUGCGCGGAGGCCACCCUCGUCUUCUCUUUGUUGGGCGUCGGGGGUUGGGCGCCAUUUUGCGCGGCGGCUGAGUGGAGGCGCUGAUUGGGUUUCGGGGACCGGUGGCGGAGCCAAUCAGAGCGGGACCCGAACCGGGGGAGCAAGGCACGGUGAGUGCGAGCAGCCAAUAUGGAGCCCCCGAGCGCCGGCCCAAGAGCCGGGAUUGGCGGGGCCGAGUGGCCAGUCAGAAGGCCGCGCGCGGGCUAAGGCUGGGCGAGCGCUGGGGCAGCGAGUGGACGUGGCCCGUUGGGCGCCCGGAUCGUGCGCUGAGGCGGGAUGGGGUAGCCGGGAGGGUCACCCUAAUGGGGAGAGGACGAGGAGGGAUAGUCGGUGCCGUUCCGUCCUUGGCGCGGUGCUCCCGGAGCCGCCGGAGAAACCUCUGGGAUGCCCUUUUGUGGCCCUCGCUGGGUUGGGGGUGAAGUUGCUGAGGAGGAAAGUGUGGGGAGCCCAGGGGAAGUCGCGUUAUGGGGGGUGGCUUUCCUGGAAGGGGAAAAGCGGCCUCCGGUUCUCCCUCCAAGCUGACACGGCUGUGCCCAGUGCGGGACUCGUCACCCUGCGUGUGGCUGCCUACCACGGCCCAACGAGGUCAGUUUUGCUCGGACGCUGAUCACGGCAACCAAAGGGCUCAAGGUCCCCUGCGAAGCCUUCCUGCCUGUUUCUGGGCCCAGCUCUGGCCUUUGUCAUAAAAAAGUACUCUUCGCUGAGACCCAGUACUGCAAGUGAUAGGGCCUUUCGCUACACAAAGGCAGGCAUCUCUCCCUUACUUGUCAUGCUAGAUUUCAGUAUCUGUUAAUAGCAUGUUUUCUUCUCUCAUAUUAGAAAUUUGGCCUCAAUUUUUUGUGUGAAUUUGAUGAGGUGAGGUGGCUUUGUGAUGUCCUUCCUACAGCAAAAAACAAAACUUCUGCAUUAAACUUCAUUUUAGCUGACAUGUUUGCAUUACAAAGGAGUAAUCUGUCGUCUGCCUGUUUGCAGUUCAAUUAUUUUUCCAUUGGGUUUUGUGAUAAUGAUUUCAUUAUUCUAUGAAUUAUGUAAGAAUGAAAUCUAGUAGAAAUCAAUGGAGUUUUCUAUACCUACAUGGAACAAAAUGCAUUAUAUGAUUUAGGGUUGAACUGUAAGUGAUGGGAGCUAUAUGUAUUCUCUGAUAUGUAUAUAAUUUCAGAAUUCUAGUUAAACUUGGAGAAGAGUUCUUUUAAAAAGCUGCUCAUGAGGAAAGCUAUUAACCAUAGCUGUAGGCAAUUGAUAGACAUUGCCAACGUGAUAUUCAGGCAAUGUUUUUCUUGCUUUUUUGCCUUCUAGAUGUAGUGCAGUAAUGUUAUCAAGCGUUUCUUGGUGGCCAUGUUUAUUGAUCUUUGUGUUGAUCUUAGAGAAUGUAAGAAUUGAAAUUUAAAAUGUAAUCCACCCUAAAUUGUGGCACUAGGUGGUUGCCAGGUACCCGAUCUAUCUUCAUAAGGUGAGAAAUCUGCAACAUUAUUCUGCGGGAAACAAAGAAAGAGGUGAAGACUUGGCAGUAAUAGGAAGCGUCACAUUCAUCCGACAUCUCAGCUGAUGUUGGCAUAUAUUUUGUAUCAACUUAGUUAUAUGGUUUAAUACAAUAUAUGCGCUUUCUGCACCUGCCAUCUUUUGGGGUCCUGCUCUCCAAAUUUUGUCCAAAUGAAUGCAUGUGCAGGGCACCCUUGCUCAUCAUCAGCUAUUCUGGAGAUCAUCUGGAUGAGGCAGAAGUGUCCCUCCAGGGAGCUUAGUUGCCAGCGAGGGAGUACCUCAGUGCACCCACCCAAACAGUUGACAGGCCAAAGCUACUGCUGGAAAUAGUGGAAAUACAAGCAGGGGCAGGGCUGAACUAACAUAGGAUUCAUUGGAUUAACUCAGUCUAGCAGGUGGCUCAACAACCUUCUCUCCCUUACCAGCAUGAGCAGUAGGGUUGUGGAUGCAGCAGAGGCUAGGCUGCUGCCUUAAGCCUGCUAUGCAGGUGUUUGGAUUGCUUCCUUAGCCAACUCCAAGAUUAAUCCUGAGGUGAUGUGAACACUUCAGAAAAACUGAAGUGUCACCCAAAUAAUACUAUCACACCUUUCUGAUCCUGCUGUUGCUUGUUGACAGUUUACUUUGCAGCUUGGCUCUGCUGGAGGUUGCUCUAGUAUCUGCUGCCAAUUGGUGAGUGUGAGUUUAAGCUUAGAGUAAAUUUAUGUCUUCUUAUUUCCAGCUUUCAGUUUCCAGUAGGUUAACAGCUGGGUUUGAUUGCCUGCCUUUGACAGUGGGUUUCUGCUAGCCCUGCUUGGGUUCCAGACAGCAGUAAUGCUGAGGGAGAAAGAAGUAAUAGGUAGAUCAGCAAGUAGGUAGUCAGGGAAGAAGGUACAGGAGACUCCAUAGUUGGAGUUGCUUCCAGGUUACUAUAGAAGCAGAAGCAGUAAGUCCAUUCUGACAUUAUUUGUGCAGUAUGGAACCCCCUGAAAGGUGACUCUUUACCCACUGCUAAUGUAUCAUCAGAAGACCCACAACACAUAAGCAGAAUAUACAGUGGACUCCUUCCCAGAUCAGUAUUGCCCCAAUUUUGGGAAGAGCUGCAGCAUAGAUUUCUGCUAUGUAGUCUUGUGCUUGUGUUACCUGUAGGACAGAAAAGCCCUGCUGCUGGUGCAGCUUCCACAGUUGAGUAGCACUGGAACACGGCUAGGAGAGCAUACAUUCCAUUCCCACCCCAAUCCCUAUUGCCUGAAACAUCGCUUCUGGCAAUCCUUGCUUCAAAUUCUCUGUCGUAUCAUCUUGGGUGCAAUUCUUGUUGAAAGCAUUAUUAAUAAUUGCAACAGGGCAUUUUGGAGAGAAAAUUACAGAGCUUGUUAUAAACUUUAUUACUUUGAACUACUUUAGAAUGCAGUCUGUCACCUGGUGUGGUGGUGGCUGUAUCUGAAUUUUCAGAUAGGAAAUUGUUGGAUAGGAGGUUGUUGGGUUAAGGCCAUGGAAAUAGAGUUUUGUGUUUUAAACUGUAAAUGUUGCUUAAUACUGCAGUUUCUACACAGUGUACCAUAAGAUCAGAAAACUCAAAUUGCCUACGGAAAACGUAUUAACCAAACACCAGAUGUUAUAUAGGGAGGGGUCCUGCCUGAUCUCAUCCGGGAGGAAGCACCACAGAAUUGGUUACAGCUCCUGGUGGAUAAGAUGUGUAUCUGAAUCAUUAGUGGGAAAGGCAUUAACAGUGAAUCUCUCAAAGACCUCCGUGACUGGUCAGGAAUAUAACAUAUUGGGGUUCUUAAGGUAUCCUUGUUCCAAGUUGUAAAGAGCCUUGUAAAUAAAUAAAAUUUGUUUGUUUGUUUGUUUGUUUGUUUAAUUAUGCCACACUUCAUCAGAAGACCACAGGAUAGUUUGCAACAUACAACACAAAUGUAGCAUAAUAUCUGCGGAGCAUAAACAUAAAAUUAAUUAUAUAAAUACAAUCCUAAUAAUUAGAGAUACACAGUACAGUCAUACUUCAAGUUGAAUGUGCUUCAGGUUGAGCGCCUUCGGGUUGCGCUCCGUGGCAACCUGGAAGUAACAGAGCACGUUACUUCCGGGUUUCACCGCAUGCGCGGACGCUCAAAAUGACGUCAUGCGCGGACGCGGCAAAACACGACCCGUGCCAUCGCGUCUUGCGUUCCAUUCGGGAUGCGAACGGGGCUCCGGAACAGAUCGCAUUCGCAUCCCGAGAUACCACUGUAAAUACAGAUUAUCUCAACAGCAGCAUAAAAGAAGAAGAACAGAGUAUCUAAUAUACAAAAACAGCACAAAAAUAUAUAAUGACAGGCUCUUGUAGUAUGCAGAUUGUAUGAAAUGUCCAGGCAACAACCUGGGUAUGCAGAAUCCAAAAUCUUUUACAGCCAAACUGUAUAGAAAACAAAAAUGAAACUUAACCAUUUAAGAAAGAUGACAGCUUGUCUUUCUGAAAUGCCCUUCGAUAGCCACAUUCACUAUUUGUAUUGGCUGCACAAGAGUUACCUCAAAUGUAUCGUGCUAAAGUUUAUUUAACACUGGGAUUAUUUGAAGGAAAGGAGGACUCUGCUCAGGUAUCCUAACACAUUUGUAGUUAUCAUAAGUGAAUUUAGAUCUUGAUCAUUGUUUGAAAUCUCUGCUUUUUAGGUUUCCAGUUGAGGACUGAAUAGAGGAUUGACACUACAAAAACAAUGGAGCAGUACACAGCAAACAGCAAUAGUUCAACAGAACAGAUUGUGGUGCAGGCUGGACAAAUUCAGCAACAGGUGUGGAAAAUUACUUGGGAUGGCUAACUCAUGCAUUUGGUUCUUAAAUUCUGCUUUAGAGGCCAACAAUAAUAGAUUCUUCAUUGCUAAUUAUUACUUUAUUCAGAGAUAUGUGUGUGUUUUCAAAAACUCCAUACCUGUUUUAAAUAUUAAGAAUAUGCAGCGCAAUAAAUAAUUGCAGGACGUUUUGUCUUUCAAACUUGUAUUUUUCCAGAUUGUUCCCACCCAGUACCCAAAGUGGUUCUAGUUUUCUCCAACAGUGUGUAAGCUGUUACUUUUAUGAAAUUUUAUUAUAGUCUACGGAAAAAUGAAUAGUUAGUGACUUAUGCAGUCUUAAGUGACAUCAGCAUCACUCAAUGAAAUCUUUGUUGACUUUUAUUUUUUUGUAUUAGGUAGGUGUUUUGGUCAUUUUUGUAAAGGUGUCAUUUGUGUAGUGCUGUAUUAAGAUGUCCUUCAACCCAACUCUAAGCUUUAAAACACAAUGUAGCAAUAUGUAGGUAAGGGAAUAGGUGCUGUUUUAGUAUGAAGUGGAAAAUAUAAUAGACUUUUACUUCCCUUUGUCUUACCUUGCUACCAUUUUCUUAUGUGUAUGUGCUUUUUUCUGAGAAAAGUCCUGACACCACAACGCUAAGGCUGCACUAAUUUAGGCUCCAUGCAGUGAGAAAGUAUUCAGAAUUAUUCUUGAGAGUAUAAAGACCUUCAGUGGGCUAUUUAUUGAUUUUGUGCUCCUCAUGAAACCUGCAGCUCAUUAUAAGGAACUUUGAAGAGCUUUUAUAUUUAUCCUGGGGGCAGCAGCAGUACAGUGUUGUUCUUUUUUCAGCCUGUGUCUCGGUUCGGUCCAAACACCGGAGGUGAACCAGAUAGCUCCCCUUCACAGGACUCCUUGUCCUUCUCCCUGCAGUAAGGCUAUUUCUUGUCUUGAACUCUUCCUUUCCUCCUGCAAAGUUUUAAGCUCUUCCUGUUCCUGUUCCCAGCAGCAGGGCGGUGUCACUGCUGUCCAGUUGCAGACUGAGGCCCAGGUGGCAUCUGCCUCAGGCCAGCAAGUCCAGACCCUCCAGGUAGUGGUGUCCUAUCUGUUGUGUUUAUGUGAGCACUGCAUGAAUCACCCCAUCACCUCAUGUUUGAUGCUGUGUUUGCACUGGGGCUUGAAAUAGGAACAGAAAAAUAGUGGCAGUUUACUUGCUCUGUAACCGGUUAUGGCUUAUGCUAACAGUAGAGAACAUUAGAGUUAACAUGGUUGGAACUGACCUUGCAGAUAAAAAUGCAUGCAGCAAGUCCAGAUCCAUGAAACGUCUACUUCGCAAAUACAAAGAUGAGUAACCCUUUCUUAUAGCCUCUCUUUGGGAAGGAAAAUCUAGAUGAAAUUACCGUAUUUUUCGCCCUAUAGGACGCACUUUUUCCCCUCCAAAAAUGAAGGGGAAAUCUGUGUGCGUCCUAUGGGGCGAAUGCAGGCUUUCGCUGAAGCGUGGAGAGCGAGAGGGGUCGGUGCGCACCGACCCCUCUUGCUCUCCAGGCUUCAGGAAGCUAUCAGCAAGCCGGAGGAGCCCGCGGAUAGCAGCCUGCUGCACGGAGCGCGCCGAAGCAGAGCACCCCGCGCUUCGGGCAGAUAUCCGCAGCCUAGGGAGCCCUGCGGGAGUUCCCGCAAGGCUCCCUAGGCUGCGGAUAGCAGCCUGCUGCCUGGAGCGCAGGACGCGCUGAAGCAGAGCGCCUCGCACUUCGGGCAGAUAUCCGCGGCUGGGAGGGGGGAAUAAUUUUUUCCCCCUUUAUUCCCCCCCCCCCGAAAACCUAGGUGCGUCCUAUGGGCCAGUGCGUCCAAUAGGACGAAAAAUACAGUAUACAUGUUGAGAGAGUGACAGAUUCCCCUCACCCAGUCCAUUGUUUGAAGAAGACACACUUUUUUAAAGAAAAUAAAAAAAAUCUUGCCUGACCAGUAUAGAUAAUGGAUUGUUUCUGUUCUAAUCAGAAAAUCUGUAAACUAGAUUUUUUAAAAAAAUUGAAACAAAUGACAUCCAUUGGAGGUAUUAUUUCAAACCCUGGUUUGUGCUCUGUGAAACUAUUAAUGUCAUUGUGAACAUCAUCUCAUUUGGUUAAAUAUGCCAGGAUUGCUGUGGAUGUUUUUAUUUCUUUUCUUGAAUGGUGUUGUUUGUUUCUAAUUUGGCUUGAAUUGACUUGGUUUUGUUUUGUUUUGUUUUGUUUUUGCUUGUUGGAGCAUUUGAAUUAGUAUUCAGUAAUUUAUUAUUCUGAGUGGUGAACUAAUUAAAACGGCUUGCUUGCAUUUGCUUGACUUCGCCUGGAUUAUAUAUUUUGUUCCUCUUCUGCUCUCCAAUCUGUCAUUCUAAGACUGCGGAAAACUUUAUUGUAGAAUUUGAGAAAGGUAGAGUUGACUUUUGUUGAUUUCUACAGCAGAUAUAUUUGUCAAUACACAUCUCACUUUAGCUUUCUUUUCUUCUGUUUUCGACUACUCUUUCAUUUCCUAAAUGAAAUGUAACUCUACAUGAACUAGUCCAAAGCCCAUUCAUUCAUAAGAACAUUUCUUGUGUCAGGAUAAUGGUCCAUAAAACUCUGGCUUUUCCCUCACAGCACAAGCUAACAAUUUAGGUUUCAAGGUAGCUCACAUAGUAAUCAAAGCUCCUAAAGGCAAAUUAGAGUACUAUAUGUGUCAUACUCCAUUCUCAUAAUUUCAAGGGACUACUUGGAACUGUUUGCCUAUUCACUACUGAGUUCAUGUAUUGCUGUUGGCAUAUACAACCUCAAACAACCUUGGACUCGGAUGCCUAGCAGAUCUCCUCCCCCUAUACAUACCCAUGAUCAGUUUGUUAAGAGUUUCCUGGUUAUAACACAAUCAGUGGAAUGCCACCUUUUGACAUCUAAAAGGCUGGCCUUCAGGUUGAGACAUCUUCCCACCUGCAGUCCAUGAGCUGGAAAGUAGUUAUAUUUAAAUACUUAUUGAAAACACACUUUUAUGCAGGCUUCCCCUGGAUUCUAAAGUUUACUGCCCUGUUUUGUUGAUAGGUGUAUUAAGCAAUCUAGUUAUUUAUUUUUAUGGUAAGUAGUAAUAUUUUGCUCUGGAUAUUUUAUUUAAACCUCUUGGGGUUCAUUUAUAUUAAAUGAUAUAAAAUAUUUCUUAGAAAUCAUAUAUCUAGUUUAUUAAUACUUAUUUACUAUGUGAGUUGCCUGGAGACCUCAGUGAUUAGGUAGUGUUUGUCUCUCCCCUGAGCUUCGGUUGCUUCAUGUUGCAAACUGCUACAUAAGAUGGGCAGAGGUGAAAACACUCUUGGUCUUCCUUUUUUCCAACAUGGCUGAGGGCAGAGCUACAUGUUACAGACCAUGUGGAGCUACUGCCAAAAACAGUGAAGUGAGAUCUGGCCUGUGAAAGCUAAUGUCAGCUUUCAUAAAUGUGGUGCCUUCAAGUUGUUUUCAUCUACAACUCGCAUCAUUGGGCUGGUGGGAGUUGUAGUCUACAGCAGUGUUUCCCAACCUUGGGCCUCCAGCUGUUUUGGGACUACAACUCCCAUCAUCCCUAGCUAGCAAGACCAGUGGUCAGUAAUGAUGGGAAUUGUAGUUCAAAAACAGCUGGAGGCCCAAGGUUGGGAAACACUGGUCUACAGCAUCCGUUGAACACUAGGUUGACAAAGGCUGCCUUGUGCUACAUUUGAUGUGCUGAGGGAUAUAUUGUUUAAUGAGUUAGUGAGAUAUGCAAACUUGAGUUCCUUACAGAGUUUCAGGUCUCUGGUUAUAUAGGCCAUUUGCUUUAUCUUUUAUCAGCAUAGGCAUUGGUGGUGAAUUAUUUCUUUCUCUUAGAUUUGAUGUAAUUGUGCAUUUAAGAAAUUCCCUGAACCAAACAUUUUAAAGUCAUCAGUGCUGGAAGUUUGAGCCUGAGGUGAUGCAUGAACAAAACUUCAUUACUGCUGUAUUUGGGGCCUUCUGCACAAUGCUUGAACGGUAGAUCAUAAUGCAAGAUGCAAGAGGCUUAUUGGACUUUUAUUUCAUUGUGGUUCUCCCUUUUGUCCAUUUCUUUAGGUCCAGGGCCAGCCACUGAUGGUACAAGUGAGUGGAGGCCAGCUGAUCACAUCAACUGGUCAGCCAAUCAUGGUACAGGCUGUACCUGGGAGUCAAGGUCAGACCAUUAUGCAAGUUCCAGUUUCAGGAUCACAAGGACUUCAGCAGGUCAGUAUGCCCAAAUCUAUGAGCUGUAAUAAAAGGCAGCAGUGGCUUUCUGGAUACCACAAGGAAGCUCACUAAGCGCAUUAACAAAGGCAGCCAUCACUUGCUGUUUGACCUCAUGAUCUGGUGAUCAGAUAUAUGAUGCUGCUGCUCACACAGGCCUAUUCUUCAUUGUCUUAGCUAGCAGCUAUUGGUAUUCUUGAUGUAUUAGUUUAAUUCCUUUUAAGAACCAUCUGUGCUGCUGGGGGCAAAUACAAUAUAGGAAUUAUGUGUCGUGUGAAGAAAUACUUCCUACAAAAAUAUGAUAUAUAAUAGAAAUUACAGGAAAUUGGCUUUAGAAGAGACCUUCACUUCUUAACAUAAUUUUAGCUGUGUUUCAUACAGUAGUAUUUGUGUAAAGUCACAGCAAUUUUUACCAGGUUUUGCAUUGUGAACAUUGCUCCUGAAUUGCACCUCUUCAUAGUAACAUCUCCAAUGUGCCUUGCUUUGCAGAAAUUAAUGGAUUUCAUAAAUUUUAGUUUCUUGCCAUAUAGAGGUGCAUUCAGAAGAAAUAUUUGUCUUGCUGUGCUGAAAUGAUGGGAAGGACCUUUACUGGUAGAAGCUUCCUAUGUUAAAAAUGAAUGUGAAAACUGAAUUAUAGAGAAGAAAAACUUUUCAAGUAUACGUAAAAGAUUUUCCACCUGCCUGGAAACUAAAUAACCCAGUUUAUGGUCUAACAGCAAAGACAGCAAUAGCUUAAGAAAGUAUUAGUGGAGAGAACCGCUGCCACUUGCCCUUGUAGUGUUUCACUCCUGGGAGAAUGAAAAGUUUUUUGUUUUGUUUUUUAGGCCUUCCUCUGAUCCAGCUGUAGAUUUUCUCUGGGUUGUUUCCACCACUAGGGUCCCAGUUUUUCAGUUCUAUAUUAGAGGAAGACAAAGAAGUUGCCACUUUUCUUUCAAGCUGGUUGCUUUAUCUACAAUACUGUCUUGUAUCAUAUGCAUGGUCGUGUUUGCUUAGGACUGAAAGGGAGAGAUUUUGUUGCUGAAAUGUGAUAACUGGCUCCUAGGAUUUUAAAGUAUUGUUCUAGCCUUGCUAUUUAAUAGUCCCAUUGUUACAGUCCUGAUGGGAUAUAGUAAGUGGCACAGACGAAUCUCCCAUCUUUGCUUUAUCAUUGAGCGGAAGUAAUUUCUGCCUCCAUUUUAAAGGUAUUAGUACCGGAUUUGGUUUUACAUGUUUUGAUUGUCUUAGCCUAAUAUAUACUGUCAAUGUUAAGUUUAGCUUUAUUAGAUUUAUCUGAUUAUUCUGUCCUGCUGAUUCUUCCUUUCACAGAUUCAGUUGGUCCAGCCUGGUCAGAUUCAGAUUCAGGGUGGUCAAGCAGUGCAAGUUCAGGGUCAGCAGGGCCAGACUCAGCAAAUCAUCAUCCAGCAGCCACAGACAGCAGUUACUGCUGGCCAGACACAGGUAACAUAAAAGAGGAAGAUUGCAGGGGGCACUGAGGGAAAUGAAACGAACAAGAAUGCUGAUCUUGGCACAUCUGAAUUGCAAUGUGAAGUUAGGAAGUCCCAAGGCAUUGUAGUUUUGCAUUGCUUAGUGUUUCAUCUCAUGGGAUGUUUUUAAUUUGCAGACACAGCCACAAAUUGCAGUUCAGGGACAACAAGUAGCCCAGACGGCAGAGGGACAGACAAUUGUCUAUCAACCCGUUAAUGCUGAUGGAACAAUUCUUCAACAAGGUAGGAAUUCUACAUGCCACAGUAUACUAUUUCACUUUCUUUUUUUAAAAAAAUUGACGGUUACCAGAGCAAGAUACAUACUGUUUGCUUUUUUAGUAGCCUUUAGGCACCAAAGUGAUGCCAUUAAAAUUGAUGAACGUUUUUAACCCUGUUUUGUAAGGAUCAUUGUACCAAGAACCUACAAUUCUAUGUUCAUAGUUACAACAUUUGUAUACUCAGGAAGGAGUGUGCAAUUAUGAAAGAGUGUGGGAUGUUUACCCCAUGGUGUCUGUUGUGUGGUUUCUGAAGUGAAACUCAAAAGUCCCAGUCUCCUGAAAUACCAAAAUAGGUUUUUUUCCCCUGAAUGCAUUUUAAAUAAAAGGACACAUUCUACUCAUGUAAAAACAUGCUGAUUCCUGGACCGUCCGCAAGCCGGAUUGAGAAGGCGAUUGGGCCGCAUCCGGGCCUUAGGUUGCCUACCCCUGGGCUAGGGCUUGCCGAUCAGAAGGUUCGAAUACCCGCCACAGGGUGAGCUCCCAUUGCCCGGUCCCAGCUCCUGCCAACUUAGCAGUUUGAAAGUACGCCCCAAAGUGCAAGUAGUACCACUCCCACGGGAAGGUAAACAGCGUUUCCAUGCGUUGCUCUGGUUUCGCCAGAAGCGGCUUAGUCAUGCUGGCCACAUGACCCGGAAAAACUGUCUGCGGACAAACGCUGGCUCCCUCGGCCUGUAAAGCGAGAUGAGUGCCGCAACCCCAGAGUCGUCUGCGAUUGGACUUAACUGUCAGGGGUCCUUUACCUUUUAGAUAAGUCCCAUUUCUCAGUUGUGGCUGAUAGUCCUUCAGAUGCCUAUCCUUCAUGAAUGAACAUGCAAUUCCCUUUUAAAGCCAUCCAAUCUAGACGCUGCUGCCUCUUGCGGUGAUGGUGUUAGUUCAGUUAUUUACCAAGGGGAAGUUAAAAUCUUCAUACUCCAUCUCUUGCAUUCUUAUCUGGGGGUGGGAAGGCAGAAGUCUUUAUUUUUGUGUUGUAUGAGGAGCACAUGGAUGUGGAUUAAUCUAUUAAUAUAUCUGGAAAAAAAAUCUCAUUUUUUCAAAUCCACAGGCAAAUUUCAGGGCAGAGUGAAUAAAAUCCGAAGUGGGACUAAUUAUGUUCCCUUCAUCUUUGUGUUUGUGUAUGUUUUUGUUUUUGUUCCUUAAAGUUACAGUCCCUGUUACAGGCAUGAUCACCAUCCCAGCAGCCAGUUUGGCUGGAGCACAAAUAGUUCAGACUGGCGCCAACACCAACACAACCAGCAGUGGACAAGGAACUGUAACUGUGACGCUGCCUGUUGCUGGAAAUGUGGUUAAUUCAGGUGGAAUGGUCAUGGUGCGUAUUGCCUUUUUCUAAUUACCCCAUUUCUUUGCUGAAUCUAAUGCACUGAAUCUGUAGAAUAAAUGAUUUAUUCCACUUGGCAGCCUUUUGCUUUGCUCAUAAUGGGAGCAGGGGUUUAUAGAUUUUAGGAAGUUAUAUUUGAUCUUUGGCUUUCUGUAAGGUAUAUUCAGGACUACACUGAAUUGAUUAUGGUGUGGAGAGAUGUAUUCAUUUUAACUAAUCUCUUUCCUUCCCUUGAUGCAGAUGGUACCUGGUGCUGGAUCAGUGCCAGCCAUCCAGAGAAUACCUUUGCCUGGAGCUGAGAUGCUUGAAGAGGAGCCGUUGUAUGUGAAUGCGAAACAGUACCAUAGGAUUUUGAAGAGGAGGCAAGCAAGAGCUAAGCUGGAAGCCGAAGGGAAAAUUCCAAAAGAGAGGAGGGUAAGGCUAUGAUCUAACGUUCAUGAGAGGCAGAGAAACAGUAACAUUUACUGUGUGUCCUUAAAAUUGCCUAUGUUCCUAUUAUAGAAAUUCCUCUCAUUUUCCUCUGCUUGGUUACAGUAGACUUCAAAUAUUUUAACCAUACUGGGUUCAAAGAACAUGCUUUCUGGACUUGGCCACCAGAAGCUUUCUUCCUUAUAUCACUGAAGCAGAAUUAGUCCUGGGUUCAUUUAGACAUAGUAUAAAUUAUUGAUUUGGAAAAUGUUGUUUGGCAGCUCACUGUUUAAAGGGCUAUCCUCCUAAAAAUUAAGGAGAACUACAUCUAGUCAAUGUGGAGAACAACUUUACACUUGCUGCAGCUGAUGGUUCCCUGAUAGCCCCAUCAACUUGAGGUAUGGGGACAUGGCACAGGCUGCCACAGCCAUGACUAUUUUAAAACUGAGAUAAAUUAUUUUAUUUAUAUUUACCAUAAUUUCAAUUAGAUUGAAAGUUUUAAUACAUGUUCUUAGAAGUUUGAGCAGGGGACUGGAGUGUUCUUUCCCCUCUUGGUUUCAUUUGGAGGCAAAGAAUAGACGGGGGGUGUUUGCUCUUUGACCUCAAGUCAUCAAAUCUUUGUUGUGGCAAAGUCCAGCUGAAACUAACAGAACAGGUUAGCUACAACUAAAGUUCCAUUGCUGGAGUGGGGCUUUUGUGUCUCGCUGCAUUUCCAUGUUGUAGAUUUGGAAGAGUUCUUUUGCAUUUUGCGCCUGCUUUCUGCUUGUAGUACAAAGUGGAUGAUCUAGUCACACACUUGUAUAUGGGGUCACUUACAUCCUUACAACUUUGUGAUUUUCUGUGCAGAAAUACCUGCAUGAGUCCCGACACCGUCAUGCCAUGGCAAGGAAGCGGGGGGAAGGUGGACGGUUUUUUUCACCGAAAGAAAAGGAUAGCCCCCACAUGCAGGUGAGCAAAACUUUCCUCUUUGUUUUAAUCAGAGUUUGCAUACAUAUGCUUCCAAUUUAUUUGCAGCCAGUUCCAAGAAAACCUCUGUGCAACAUCUCUAAUAACUUUGCUAAAAUUGCAGACCUAGUUUCAAAGUACUUGUGAUUCUUCCUGGUUCCCACUGAGGCUUUCAGAGAGAUCUCCCAACCCUGUUAAGUUACAAGUAACUUUGGGUGGUAUUCAAUGCUGUCCAUGCAAAAGCAGAACAGACUUCUGUUCCUGCAGUAAGCAGGGCUUCGCUACUCUCUCAUCCCCUCUGCACACCUUCACAGUCUGCUCUGGAGAUCUGUGGGACCAUCAAACAGAUUUUAUAAGGAGAAGAGAGGGUGGUGAAGGCCUGCUGAACAAGUGGAAAUCAGUUCAUGCAGUGUUGGAUUUUGCCCUCUGUGGAGAUGUGAUCCACUUUAGAAAAUACUCCUCUUAUGGUAAAGACUAGAAUUGAUCUGGGAUGGUUCAGCAUUUCAAGUUUUGGGGGCUAUACUUUCUGGGACAUAUAGCUGUGGGCACUGGUACAAUACCACUUAAUAAUCUGGCACACACAAAAUACUCUUAAUUUCUAAUAUACUCUUUAAAAAAAUAACAUAAUAAUGCUCUUGUACAAUACUAGUUGCAUCAUUAUACAGACAAGCUUGUGACCAACAAAACAUUGGUUUGAAGCUGUCGCUGAUAAGAUUCAACCCCAGUUUUAAAGAUGACAAGCUAAUCUGGUUUGUUUUAUAGAAUUGCUUUUACUUUUCACGGUAGGUGGGGAAGCAGUCUGACUGCUGCUUAUUAGCUACAUGGGCUGCAUCAUGGUUGAUCUGAAAUAUUCUGAUUCCCUUUGCUCCGGAUAGGCCAAAAUCUAUUAGGAGCUGUAUGACUGACAUGUUUCAAAAUGUAAACUGUACCACAAAACUCUUACUAGGUACUUCUUCUUUCAGAGAGACUCCUUUGGUAGUUCUGACACCCUCAGAAAUGCAGAGAAUGAUGACUCGAGAGAGAGCUUUUAACCUAACCUGUGCUGCGUUUGUCUAGAACUGUUUUACUUGUUUGAAUUGUAUGAUUAAACCUACCUUCAGUCCUUAUGGUGAAGAGCGGGUAAAAAAUAAUACAAACAAACCCACACUUUCCUCCACAUCUAGUUCAGUGCUAUAGCCACAGCACUAAACAGUUGGGUGUCUACCUUAAAGGGCAGGCUGUUGUUGUUUGUAUUUAAAUGCUAUUAUGAAGAGGCUGCAGGUUACAAAACUGUUCUUUCCCCCCUCCUCAUCUGUAUAGGAUCCUAGCCAGGCAAACGAAGAAGCAAUGACACAGAUGAUUAGAGUAUCCUAACAGCCAGCUAAAGAACAGAGCGUCUGGACUAAUAUCUUGUGUCUCUGGAACUGUUCCCUAUCCUACCUAUCAAACUUCUGAAUGGGAAAAUUUGCCAUAUGCACAGCCUGUUCUCGUUUUAAGAACAAAUGCCACACUCUCAGUGAGUGGUUUGUCUUAGACUUUUAACUGCAGUGGACUCAGCACAUGGAAACACCUAUGAACCCACCCAGUUCAGACCAGGGAGUUGAAAAGUCAGACUCAACAGAGCUUUAACAUCCUUGACAAUAAGUGUGGCACAGCUUGAAACUGCCACUGCCUCAGCAAUAACUAGCAGGUUGAAAUAGGGCUAGUUACACCAUUUGGAAGCCAAGGCUCUUGAACCACACAGGAAUGCUAAUAUUUGAAGCAGCCAGAGCUCAAUGUAGCCGCCUUGGUCCCCGCUGCUCCCCACAACCUCAGAUUUUAUAUUUUCUGGUAAUGCAUCUUUCCACUGCAGAAGCAUCUUCUGUAAUAGAACUCUUGACACGACACAGAAAGUUUUUCUCAGCGUACUGUCCUACAUAAACUGUCUCCAACUAUUUGUGACAGAAUUAAUCCAUUAUCACAAAGUAUUGGGAAGUUAGAAGACUUGGGGUAAUGCAUGCAUGUUCCAAUGGAUAGCAGAGAAAUUGUAUAGUGGCCCAGGGGACAGUCAUGGGUCGUUGGGGGAAGGGGGUGGGGAUAGAUCUUGGUAAUGUGUGUCAGUUAAAGUUCACUGACAUGCUGUUCCUGCAGGCUGAGAAAUGCACAUCUUCUGAAAUGCACAUACUGCCGCUGUCUUUGGUGCAGUUGUUUCUCCAAUAUCAGAGCAUUAGAUACGGUGUUGUGAGCAUUAGUCAGGAUGUGACACAUACUUUGCCCUAACCAAACCCUAUGUUGUUAACAUCCUCCUGUAGCUCAGAUUGCAUUGUCCAUGAGAAUUAACGUGAACAGUCCUCUCAAGUUUUUUAUUUAAUCAUCUCUGUAAAAUGGCACUUAAUUCUGUAACCUUCGUUUUCUGUUCUGAGGGACUUUUUCCUCAUUUUGAUUGUUUAUCAUUAUGUUUAUCAUUAUUGGAUUGUUAAUCAUUACGAGAAGUGACAAAAAAAGAAAUGGAGUUUCUUUCUGCCAAGCAUCACUUGCUACCUUUUUCACUUCUCCCAAGAUUUUCUUUCUUCCCUUAUUGCUACUUGCUUGGGCAAUGCCAUGAGGUCCAGCUAGCACUAUGUUAUGUUCUUUUAUAUUCACAGGCUUAUGUUUAAGCCUGCAUUGCUUACCGAGAUUGAGAGUGAAGGAGGAUUGGAGGAGGCUCGUCUCUGAAAGAUGGGAGACGAACUACAGUAGCAAGACUGAGGGGCUGCAUAAAAAAGAAGGUGCCUGGAAGUUGACUGUUAAGUUUUUAAGAGGGAUCUCAUGGCAUCAGAACAGGUGUCAUGAGGUGGCCCUCCCUAGUUAAAAAAAGUAGAACUCAUUCGUCACUUGAUUUGAAAUAGCUUGUAUAUGGGCACCUUCACAAGGCCCCCUUUUCAUGACAUAAAAAGAUAAUAAUUCAGGAGAGUGGAUUUGAGAGAAAAUAAUUGGUACUAGUAAAUCAGCAGAGAUUGCUUAUCCAGUGGACUAGAACAGUGCAGCUUUCAGAUUGGCUAACUUAAUUCCAACCAAUGAAAUGUUAAGACAACUGAUACGCAAGUGUGAUGUCAAACUCUAGAAUGCGUUUGGAGAAAACAACGUAAAGUGAGAUGUGGAGCAGAGUUUAAGCUAUUUAUCACCAUGCUGUACAUGGUGUUCCAGUGCUCUAACAUAAGUUAUUGUAAGCAAAGAUGUGCGCUUUUUUUGUAUCAACUGCACUUAUCCUUUUAAGCCUUUGUGCAGGUUGUGUGUUUCUAAACCUUUUUGUUUUUAAUCCCCACUAGCCUUUCUGUUUGCUUCUUUGCAUUUGCCAGCAUCCUGGGUGCCUUUGAUUACCAUUGUAGUUUUCUUCAGCAGGCUAGUUCCAUGUCAUCUAGUGUUUCUUUUCACUGGUUUUACAAUAAAAUAUCCAGUCUUAGUGAAGGAACAGUGAAUACUUUUUUUUAAUACUGUUUUUCAGUUGUAAAUAUCUAAAGCAUUGGUACGUUCUGAGAUGCUGAUAGACAUGGUGAGGAGGAAAUACUGUAUAGUCUGAAUUAAAGAUGUUUCUCCAUGUGUUUCCCUUUUCAGUUAUCAGUUUUAUCACUGCAGACUGGGAUGGUAAGGGAAUCAAGGUUCUCCUAAUUCUUUGUGUGUGUAAAAUCAUAAUAUGACAUUUGCAUCUUUAAAAAGACCAAGCCAUCGCUACCUUUUUCAACCUAAAAACAAAAACAAAAAAUGCUCUUUGAUACCUAUAUGUAGAUGGUGCAAACACCUUUUUAAUUUUUGGUCUAUAGUUAGGUUUUUCUGUAAUGGUGUAAAAUGUCCUGAUAGGAUCUAUUAUACCAAUGUCUUAGACUUCAUGUGUGUAGGUCAAACUUGUUUCAAAAUAUUUGUUAAUAUUAGGAGUCUCAAACUGCAACGUGUUGCAAAAUGUUCUGUUCCUGGAUAACUAAAAGCGGAAGUAAUGCCAAGUGCAAACUCUUAAUUGGAAAUUAAAAAUCAGGCUAUGAAAUAUUUAAUUGGGGAUAGACUUAAGGGAUAAAGCUGGAGUGGAGUGGGUUUGAAGAAAAUGUAAAUUCUUCUAUUGACCUAUAAAACACUGGAACAUUGAGCCCAUUUAAAGCGGUUUGAUACUUAAGGGUUGGCGUAGAAACCUCCAAGGCUAAACUUCUACAAAUAUUUUGCAUGUAAAAAAAAAUAAAUCAGUUUCUUGGGUUGUGAAUGGGGAUUGGAGUAUUGAUAUUUGUGAAACCGUAAGGCAAAGUUUGUACAUAGUUCAAAAGUUUAUAAUUUUUUAUGCUGCAUUUUGAAGUGUAUUUUGUCUUUAAUAGAUACAACUGUAAGUACUGUGUACACUAUUCAGCCAAUAAAAUGUUUAU